AUGUCAGCACGACUCUCCAGACAGAGCGAGAACCUCUCCAACUGCGGCCCUGAUGAGUACUGGUCUGGGGACCACUGCUGCAAGAACUGUAGAGCAGGUGAGUUUGUCCAGAGGCCUUGCAACAUCUCCCACACCCUAGGACAGUGUGGGAAGUGUCAACCAGGAACGUUCACAAGGGCUAGUAAUGGCCUAGAGUCUUGUAUACCAUGCUCCAGCUGUGAUGAACGCCAGGAAAUGGUGGCUGAAUGCUCUGCCACCAUUAACCGGAAAUGCCAGUGCCAAGCGGGCCAUUUCUAUUUUGAACCAGAAUCCUCUGAAGUCUGCCGCAGGUGUACCAAGUGUCCCCAGGGAACCCCUGUCCUCCAGGCAUGCAACUCCACGGCGAACACGGUGUGCGGUCAGACUACAACAAAUCACAGAAACCGGCUAUACCUACUACUUAUUGUUUUUACAAUCUUGAUUAUUAUUGCUGUCUACCGUUACCUGAAAAAAGAAAGGUCCUGUAGAUGUCUAAGUGAUGAAUUAACUGAAGGCACGGCCUGGGUGUGCGAGUCUAAAGAAGGAUUUCCAACCAGCCUGAACCCUUUCUUGACCAGCAGUUCCAGACUACUCCAAAGCAGCCUGUUCUUCCUGGCCCUGGUGUUCCUGCAGAACCUGAAACAGACGUUUGCCAGCCUGCACUCCUCCCCCUCCCUGGCCUUUGACAAGCAUUCAGACUUCCUGGGUCCUGACAGUGAAGCCUUCAUUUCCACUGAGAAGCAGUUACAUUAUGUUGCCCCUUAUUAG